AAAGUUAAAGAAACAUUAUUCUGACAAGUAAUGACAUUGACCUGUUUGUGGAAGGCAUCAUUGCUAGGCACCACAGAACGAUAAUGCCAAGAACAGUUACCAGAGAUAAUUAUUCGUGGUGAUGGCUUACAGAGUCAUAAACAAAAGAAGGCAUGUGGGACUUCAACAUCUUUCAUCAUUUGCACAAACAGGAAGAAGUUUCCUGGGCCCAGUAAAAGCCUCCAAGUUUAUUACAGAUGCAGAGUGUCGUGAAAGUGUGUUAAUCAGCUCAACAGUCAGGCUUCUCGAAGGUCUGGAUUUAACCUGUGCAGCUGGGCAGCUUCUCAACGAAGCAGUUCAAGCACAGAAUGGCACAUACAGAAUUGGAACCAGCACUCUUUUGUUUCUUGUUGGUGCAUGGAGCAGCGCUGUUGAAGAAUGUCUCCAUGUGGGUGUUCCCACUCCAGCAAUAGUGUCAGUAAUGUCCGAAGGCUUGAACUCUUGCAUUGAAGCAGUAGUUUCCCUUCAAGUACCCAUAUACAAUGUAUUUGACCACAUGGACAACACAAGUGCAGUUUAUGAGCGUGAAACAGUUGAUGUCAGCUUGUGUCCUUUUCUCCAGGUGCCUUCAGAUCCUGGGUUGUUACAGGAAAAGCAUGAUUUCAAAGAUGCUACAUCUCAGUUAUUGUCCGCUUACAGUCUUUCUGGGAGACAUGCACAAUCACCCAAACUCUUCAAAACUCAGGCUAAGGUUGAAAUGGAAAAAAACACACCACGAGCUCUGCAACACAGCGGGUAUACAGACUCUUUCUGUAGAAAGUCAGCAUUAACUCACAGUAGGCAUUUUAAUAGGACAGAUCAUAGCCCCUGGAUAAGCAGACCUGAUGGAUUUCUGGAACAAUGUGGAUUGACUCCCAAAACUUGGAGCUGUAAUGAUUUGGUGGAGUUAGCAGUUGGCUUGAGCCAUGGAGACCGCAGCAGCAUGGCCUUGGCAGAGGCAGCUGUGAGGCUGCAGUGGCAGAGUGUGUGUCUGCAGCAAGCCAACUCGGUGGCACCAUUUGUGUUUGAUCUUUCAAGACUCCUCACUUGCUGCCUCCCCGGCUUACCUGAAACUUCUUCUUGUGUUUGUUCAGGAUAUAUCACUGUUGUACCCACGUCUAGUAGUGCUCUGAUAAAGGAAUUGCAGGAUCAGCCUUUCCGAGUGAUUCUCAUCGAGGGUGACCUCACACAGAGUUACCGCCACCUGGGAUUUAAUAAGUCUGGAAAUAUGAAGAGCAUGUUAGAUAGUGGGAAGCUUCCAGGAGACAGUGCAGAAGAACUGUGGACAAAGAGUGUGUUGCAGGUGUUAGUCCAGUUCGAUGUGAACCUCGUCCUGGCACAAGGAAGUGUAUCUGAACAUCUGACUGAAAAAUGCAUGCACAGUAAGCGACUGGUAAUGGGGUCAGUGAGUGGCCAUGUGUUGCAAGCGUUUGCAGAGGCUACAAGAGCAGUGCCUGUAGCCUAUGUUACACAAGUGAAUGAAGACUGUGUGGGCAGUGGGGUCUCUGUGACCUUCUGGACGAGUCCUCAUGAUACAAACAGGAACAACAGAAUGGCAAUCUUGUUAAAAACAGAAGGACUUAAUUUGGUUACAGCAGUACUCACCUGCCCAGUAAGUGCUCAGAUGGAAACCAAGGAAGACAGGUUCUGGUCCUGUGUACAUCGUUUAUAUCAUGCCCUAAAAGAGGAGAAGGUCUUCCUUGGAGGUGGUGCUGUUGAAUUUUUAUGUCUUAGCCAUCUUCAAAUUCUUGCCGAGCAAUCUAUAAGUAAAGAAAAUCAUGCUUGUUCAGGAUGGCUUCCUGAUUCUUCCUCUUGGAUGGCCUCAUCUCUGUCAGUCUACAGACCUACUGUGUUGAAGUGCUUGGCAAGUGGGUGGCAUGAAUACCUGUCAGCUGUCAUGUCUAACACUGCCACUCACCCAUCAUCAGUGGAAGCCAGCACGUUCAUUCAACAUCAUGUGCAAAAUGCCACCAACUCUGGCUCUCCUUCAUCUUACAUCUUGAGUAAAUAUAGUCAACUAAGUGGUGGAGUUUUUCAUUCAGGUGUUUCAGAUAACCUGGAGCUAGUUCCCAGAGUUUAUGAUACUGUUACACCAAAGACUGAAGCAUGGCGCCGAGCAUUGGAUUUAGUGCUCUUAGUGCUUCAGACUGACAGUGAAAUCAUUACUGGACUUGCACACACACAGAUAAAUUUACAGGAUGGAGUUUUAUUUUUGUAGGGUUAGCCAAAUCUUUGGGAAAUAAGCUGUAUCAUAUUAAUAAAUUUUAAGGGGUGUGUGUGUGUGUGUGUGUAUGUAUGUGCAUGCACACACACCCAAGGAGGCCAGAAGAGGGCACCACAUGCCCUGGAGCUGUAAUUAAUGGGUUUAUAAGCUGCCCAGCAUGGAUGCUGGGAACCCAACUAUGCAAAUGCAGCAAGCACUCUUAACCUUAUAGCCAUUUCUCUAGCCCU